UGAAUUUUAAAUUCAAACCAUCCCAGAGCUAGCUCUUGCAGCACCUCUGGAUCCUGCUGCUUUCCUGAUUCAUUUCAUUCACAGUUCACUCUGGAAUGUGAAUCAAUGUUAUUUUCUGUCAAGCUGAAGGGCAGCUGAGGUUACCAAGUGGCUUGAUUAAUAGUCUGCUCUUCAGAUUUGCUGAGAUUGAAAACCAAACAACUGGGGAGAGGAAGGAGUGGGGGAGCUUGUUUAAUUGGAUUACUUUGCACAUAAAUUCAAACACAGCCUUCUUAAUAUCUUCAUCAUACAAUAGCUACCAGUGGAGGGAGAAAAGGGCCUUGCGGGCUAGGCUAGCUGGUGUGAGGUAAAUUUCAACAGGUUCUGCUGGGGUCUUUCUCUCCUACUCUAAAAAAUACAAGGUAUCGCUUAGUGAAACUUUUCUGUUUAAAGCCAGCAGCUGCUGCUCACAUCAUAGUGACUAAUUAUUGCAGAACUAGUAAAUAGAUGUAAUUGUACUUUUUUCGUUUGGCUGGUAGUCCUAGCCAAGGGUAGGGGCAGGAAGCAAAAGAAAAUAAGUAUCUCCCCAGUUUUAUUUUUCUCCCUGAUGGUUCCAGCUGCAGGCUGGAAUUAAUCAAGUGCAGUUAACUUGAAACCUGAGAGAGGAGGAGGAGGGAAAGGGACAACAUUUGCAUGUAGCCAAGAAGGAGCAGUUUGAGAACACUCAUGGCUGAGAAACUUUGAAAGGUGCAUUUUUCCAAGGAGUUUGUUGACGGAACUUUAGAGCAACACGGCUGUUGUGAGCUUAAGGAACCGUCUCUGUAGGCUCGGACAACGAUGUGUGGUCUUUUUAUAUUUCCUGGAGUCUAAGGAGUUCUCUCCAGUAGUAGCAGCAGCGUUGUCUUUUGAGGAUGCCCGUGCUGAAUAGGUUUUUCAACGUGUCGGACAUGGGUAGGCGAUGGGGAACUGAGGAAGAUCUGAUGCCCUUGGCUACGGGCAGCCUGCCCUUCUGUCAGCAGGGAAUCCUAGCUGGAAAGUUGCCAGAGAUGUUCAGGAUGGUAAAGCUGAUUUGGAAAUCCAAAAGUGAACUACGGGGAACAAAGCAGAAAGGAGUUCUGGAAAGCAACGAUGCUCCAAAUAUUUCAUCAGGAGAUGCACGGCUGAGAGGUCAGUCAGGGGUUCUCUCUGAGCGACGUGGUUCCUAUCCAUUUAUAGAUUUCCGCCUUCUCAAUAAUACCAUUUACUCAGGGGAAAUUGGAACAAAGAAAAAGGUAAAGAGGUUGCUAAGCUUUCAGAGGUAUUUCCAUGCAUCCAGGCUCUUGCGUGGAAUCGUACCACAAACGUCACUGUACUUACUGGAUGAAGACUACCUUGGACAAGCAAGGCACAUGUUAUCCAAAGUGGGAAUGUGGGACUUUGACAUUUUCUUGUUUGACCGCUUGACAAAUGGAAACAGCCUGGUAACCUUGCUGUGCCAUCUUUUCAAUGUACAUGGACUUAUCCACCAUUUCCAGUUAGACAUGGUUACACUACACAGAUUUUUAGUUAUGGUGCAAGAAGAUUACCAUAGUCAAAACCCAUACCACAAUGCUGUUCAUGCUGCUGAUGUCACACAAGCUAUGCACUGCUAUCUAAAGGAACCCAAGCUUGCUAACUGCCUCACUCCUCUGGAUAUUAUGCUUGGGCUACUGGCUGCAGCAGCACAUGAUGUAGACCAUCCAGGAGUCAACCAACCAUUUUUGAUAAAAACCAAACACCAUCUUGCCAGUUUAUACCAGAACGUCUCUGUAUUAGAAAACCAUCACUGGAGAUCUACAAUAGGCAUGCUUCGGGAAUCAAGGCUGCUUGCACAUCUGCCAAAGGAAGAAAGGUACAAUAUUGAACAGCAGCUGGGCUCUCUGAUCUUGGCAACAGACAUUAACAGGCAGAAUGAAUUUCUGACCCAAUUGAAAACUCAUCUCAAAAAUCAGGAUUUGAGAUUAGAAGAUGCACCAGAUAGACAUUUUAUGCUUCAGAUUGCACUCAAGUGUGCAGAUAUCUGCAAUCCUUGUCGACUCUGGGAGAUGAGCAAACAGUGGAGUGAACGAGUGUGUGAGGAAUUCUACAGGCAAGGUGAUCUGGAGCAGAAAUCUGACUUGGAAAUAAGCCCUCUUUGUAAUCAGCAGAAGGACACAAUACCUAGUAUACAAAUUGGCUUUAUGACCUACAUUGUGGAGCCACUCUUUGAAGAAUGGGCCAACUUUACUGGGGACACACCCUUAUCUGAAAAUAUGCUAAACCAUCUGAGGAGGAAUAAGGCCAAAUGGAGGAGUCUGAUUCACAAGCAACACAGCAGAAGCAGGAGCACUGACUGCUCAACUCAAAUGACUGAAAAUGAAGAGCACACUUUAACUGAAGGAGAAGCCCCAUAGUGGCAACUUCACAUCCUGAUCUGCAGUGCCACUACCUUUCUCAACAGUGAACAAAAUCCUAAAGAUCUGUUGGGCCAUUGCUAACCAUGCAAGAAAGGAGGGAAGUCUGAGACCAGCGUCCUCCCCAACAAAACCCAUGCUAUGUCUGGGUUUUCUUCUAGAGCUCCACCGAAUCCUACUUCCUCAUCUUUAUACCUGAAGCCAUUCAUCACUUCUGAUCACAAACUGCUUGAAUGGGCAGCUUCAUUCAGUAGUUCCAAAGCUGGGACAGUAAGCGGGUCCAGGAGGAUCAGAGGGCACAGACAAGGCCAGUGUGCUUGCGGUUAUCUGUUUCUUUCACUUUGGGUCACGAUGUGACAUGCCUCUCUGAAGGAAGGCCUGGAGCAAUGUACAGUCUGGCAGCUGGGCUGCACAUUAAAAACUACCACCAGCACUGUCAAGAAUCAGAGGACAUCUGGCCAUGCAGGAGAGAAGUGUCACAUUUUAAAUCGUUAAUGCCUUUUUAAUUUUUGUAUUUGGUGCACUGGACAAGGAAUCUAAAAACCUUGAAGUAAGGUUCUUCUGUGUACACAAAGCUUUUUCAUGGUGGUGCCCAUUUUGCUAAUCAUUUUAUGCCACUUUAGGUAAAAGACUGACAUUCUCACUGCAAAAACAGUAUUUCCUAUCAAAUCAAAGGGAAGAGUUGUACAGUUUAAAUAUUUCCAGAUGACUCUUUGAUGAUUGUAUCCAUGACCUGUUUAUAUUUUCACAUGUAUGUCUCCUGUAUAUAUAAAAUGCUACUGAUUCCCAUGCCAAAAUACUGAAGUAUGAUGGGAAAGCUACCUGUAUAAACAAUGGCACUGUGAACAAAAUACUGUUAGUUUUAGUAUUGGAAGCAUUUGUAAAUGUUAUAGACAAUUAAUACACUUUUGUUUGCAGAUAAAGGCCUUAAUGUCUAACACCCUGAAUCUUCUGAUGGCUACCAAAAUCAUGUCAUAUUUCCGUAUGGUCUAUUUUCAAUUGUUCAGUCAAGAGUUAAGUAAUUCUCAUCUACCAGGGAAACCUUUUGGAAGGCUUCAUGUGUGUUCCUUUGUGGAUCUGAAUGUUUAAGCAACACUCUUCCAGUUACUGAUCAACACACAGCUCACCACAAUCAUUGCCACAAAUAUUUCAUUCUGUUUAAAUUGAUAAAUCCACAGGUCAAGUAAUAUUUUAGUUUACUUAGAAACACCACUAGAAAUGGCAACCAAAUGAGGCUUGAUCUUGAACUAGACAUUUUAUAGCUUCCUUCAGGUAAAACAGAACAAGUUUUAAGAAGUAGAUCAGCAACUUUCAUGUCAUGUGCCUAGUUUGCCAACAGACUUCAUUUAUCAUUUAAUGAAGAAAAAUGGUUUUAAAACAAAUCAAAAUACAAGCCCCAUCUUCUAACUAUCACUAUGAAUGAAUUUCCCUUCUAGGUCCUUUAUUCUUGAAAGUAAUACAAUUCACAGUCCAUACAAAGUAGCUCGUUGGAUUAAGGUGUCACUUAUUUCACACCAUACUGUCAAAUCUAUUUGGGAACAUUUUUCUGUUUGUUUGCCCCACAGGUUUAUUCCUCUACAUGCAUAGCUUGCAUACAGAUAAAAGAGGAUGUGCAGUGCAUCAGUGCAAUAAGAGAGUUUGCUUCACAUGCUUAAUUUCAAAAAGACAAGUGAGUCCACACAGCUACAUGCCAGCCUAAAUGUCUGCGUGUAUUAUGCAGCAGAAGUAGAAUACUGGCAGAAUUUAAACUAUGCUCUGAAUUCAAUCCAUUCAAUAUAAAAAUUGGAAACAAUACCAGCCACUAUGAAUACCAAAGGGGGUUGGGACAAGUUCACAGUAGUGCAAGAGAAUGGAUAUUUGUUCUGCAAGCCAAAUGAAGAGUUAACUAGAGAACUCUUUGUCCCCUUUUGUUCCUUUAGAAGAAACUAGAGUAUACCGCUUCAAGAACAAGAACUUUAUUUUUUUUUGGCUAAGUUGUACUACAAGGCAUUCACAGAGCAGUGAUCAAGAUCUCAGUAUGUGUUACAUACUGCUACAAUAUCCAAUCUCAAUGCUGAUUUAAUGAAAAGUUUUCUACAGAGGAUGGCAAAUGCAUCCUGGUUAUGAAAUAGCCAAACAUGUUUUGCCUUCAUUAGUCCUGUAGCAAGUCGUUAAGGCCAAUUCAGACAGCCAGAGGAAAGUUUCUUGUAUCUCAAUAUCCUUGACACAUAAAGGUACACUGCUCAGUUGAUAAACCGUCAGUGGCAGCAGUUACACCAACAUGCUGUUAAUUACAAUUUCUAUCAAGUAACAUAGUUGUGUAGAUUAAGCCUCUUUCAGGUUCAACAUAACACUUUAAGACGUUCUCUGAUCUAUAUUGUAUUUCCAUUAAUUUAGAAAGCAUGUGAUAGAAUGCAGCCAAUUCAUGAGUAACCUAUGAAAAAAAAUCAGAAAAAGAAUGAAUAAAUACUAUUGAUACUAGGAGCUAGGGAAACACAGGCUUUAAUGAGCAAUAUGGCUGAGAGGUGAGUUGAGGUAGAGAAAUUAAGUGGCUAAGGAUCUUAAUUUCAACUCCCAGGAAAAUAUCUGGUUAUCCAGAUUUUCAGGCUACAUGUCAGGACUUUGGUGUAAGGAGGCAACAUUUCAGUGGAGUUUAAUAUAGGCAGUAAGAACUGCUCCAGUCAUACCACAAAUAUGGCAAAGCCUACCCAAGAUUUUCAACCAAGGUAAUGUAAGGCAAGAGUGGGUUUAAAAUGAACUGAUCAAGGUUACACCCUAUCAUUCUUUUAGCCUUAACUGCCUAUAACAGUAUCUCUAUGCCUUUCUCUACAAGUCAAUUAGAAAAUGGCAUAUGAAAAAAAGUGUGAAUAGGAUUACAGGUAUUCCUUUUCAAAAUUGUGUGGGCUUUUUAUGCUUACAUGAUCAGAUUCUUGUUAUUGGUGGCAAGUGAGCAGUUUCCACACCAUGACAAUGACCUUCCAAACUCUAGCCUUAACUUAUUAAACGAAAACUCCCAAUUUCAUAUAAUUGUCAAAGGUCCCAAUGAUUUCAGUGGAAAUACUUCAAGGUAAAUGUGCAUAGGAAUUGAAGCCUCUUUUUUUUUUUUUUUAACUGAACUACAGUGAGAUUAUGGCUCUCAUAUUUACUAGCCUGGUAACAGGAACUUCUCAGAGCCAAAUCUCAUCGUCUUCUUUUACUGUGUGUGGAACAGGAGCUGCAUAAAACCUUUAGAGUAUGUUGCUUCAUGGACAAUUUUAUCCUGCUAGGCCGUGUACCAAGCACAGUAUAUUCUCUGUCAAUGUGGGCUUCUUACCUAAUAUGGGGUUAAGAAGUUCUCAUUAACACAUCUGUACUAUAAAUAGACUUAUUACGAACAGUAAAAUAAAAAUAUUCCCCCAAAAUACAAAAUUAUGAGAAAGCUGUACAAGAAAGUCUUACUUUUGUAUUGGUGCAAAUAUUUCAGCACAAUCCAUGUGAUAUUUUAGGUACACACAGUUUUACAUGCAGAGAAAAAAGUUUGAUUUGGGUAUAAAUUUAUUAUGUUUAACUUUUGUACACAAAACUAUGUAAAAUAGUAUGUUUGUUGGAAAACGCAUACCUUAGAAAAGUAUGGGUCAAAUCAUGGUCCUACAAAAGCAAUGUCCAUUGGCUUUAAUUGGACCAAGAUUCAGCUGCUAAGAGUGUGUAUAAAUAAUAUGCAUAUUAAGCUGAAAGAAAGCAAUAGAUUGUGUGAAAUGCUGUGACUGCUAUGCAGUGAUGCCAAGAACUAAAGAGACAUAACUGUAUCUUUUUUAACAUACGGCUGUAAGUAUUAAUGUCAAAAGAUAACAGCUAAUAAAAAAUACAGAAGGAUUGUGUGCGUAUGCAUGCAUGCCUUAUGUUUUAGCCAACUUAGUAAAGCAUUGGCUUCAUUCUUGCUAAAAAUCUUGUGUCUUAAUAAAAUUGUAAAAUUUUCACCAAA